AUGGCAGAUAUAACACUCCACUAUUUCAAUCUCUAUGGAAGAGGAGAACUUGCUAGAUACAUUCUUCACUAUCAUGGCACCCAAUUCACAGAUCACAGAGUUGAGUUCGGUGAAUGGCCAGCCCUUAAGAGCUCAGGUGUUGCUGAAUUCGGUCAAUUGCCUGUUCUUGAAAUCGAUGGAAUUAGAAUGGUCCAGAGCAAAGCCAUUGCCAGAUACUUAUGCCAGAAGUUUGGAUACUAUCCAAACAGCCCAACUGAUGUCUACUGGGUCGAAUCACUUGUUGACCUUAGAGAAGACAUCAUCUCUGAAUACUUCAAAGCUAAAUUCAACAAGGACGAGGAAGCUAUUAACAAGAUCUUCUCAGAAAAACUCCCAGAAUGGCUUAGAAGAGCUGAAGCAAGACUUGAAAGAAACAACGGAGGAAACGGAUGGUUCGUUGGAGAUUCCAUUUCCUUAGCUGAUUUCGCAGUCUUCCAAACUGUGUGGGAUUACUUACUCCGUGAAGAAAAGGCUGCCAAAGGAGCUCCAGCUGUUGAAACUAACGCACCAAAACUCAGAGCAUGGGCUACCAGACUUUUGGAAUCAUCACCAACCUUGAAGCACUAUCUUGAGACCAGAGCCAACUUAGAAGCUUAA